UGGAGGACGAAGAGAGUUCCAAAUAAAUCAUUGUUGCUUCAGCCUGCAGAAGGAAUUAGCUGUAAUCGCACAGCCGAAGAGAAAGAGGGGAGACUUGUUGGUACUGCUCAAACAGAAGAAGUAGUAGAUAUUCCUUUUGAGACGGUUUACUGCCAGGAAAUCUUUCAGAAGGUGGAAAUAAAAGUUGAGAAUAUCGAGGAUUGUGAGCCAGACAUGACUAUUACAUCUCAACCUGAAGAAGACAAUGUAUUUAUUGAGCCGGAAGUUUUAACAUACCCCAGCAAGAAGACUUCCUCCCAUGGACUGAAUUCGGUUCCUGUGGAAAUAAAAGUUGAGAAUAUCGAAGAUUGUGAGCCAGACAUGACUAUUACAUCUCAACCUGAAGAAGACAAUGUAUUUAUUGAGCCGGAAGUUUUAACAUACCCCAGCAAGAAGACUUCCUCCCAUGGACUGAAUUCGGUUCCUGUAAUUAUGGAGUCUGUGAUCGGUACUGAGAAAAAGUCCAGCAGUCGCAAAACCUGUGCCAUGACCGGUUGUGAAGUCAACCAAGCCCGUUCUCCUGGUGUGCAUUUUUUUAAAUUCCCUGUUUCCAGACAAGAGAUUUGUGAGCAGUGGGUGGCCAGCUGUGGGAACGAAGCUCUCGGUUCUCUAACUAAAGCGGCACUUCGAGCCAAAUUAGUGUGUGAAAAACACUUCACAAAUGAUAGUUUCACGAGCACUCUAAAGACAAGGCUAAAAAUAAAUGCAAUCCCGACAACUGUGGAAACUUGUUCUUCUCCAACAACACCUUUAUUAGAAGAAGUGACCUCGUUGCCGCAAUCUUUGAAAGAAACGCCGUUUACCCCUCCUGUGUGUAGGACAGAAUCCAAAAACCAAGAGUUCUCUUCAAGACCCAUGCACUCCACUGUACAAAAUGUAUAGAAGGGUAAAAAAACGGAGACUAAUGCCAAAAAAAACUGAUUCAUCUGGAAAACAAAAAGUUUUUAAAAAACUGCACAUGAAAUUAAACUCAAAGAAGUUAAAACAGGCUCUAGAGAGAAGGAAGGAAAAGCCCCAGAAUGCAUCAAGCGAUGUAGUAUUACAGGCGCUACAAUCCUGUCCGCCAGAAAAGGUGGAAAUAAAAGUAGAAGUUAGCGAGGACUAUGUCAAGACUAUCGCAUCACAACCUGAGGAAGAAAACACAGUAUUUGUUGAAAAACAACUUUUAACAUACCCUAGCAAGAAGAAUGACUUCCGUAUAAUGAAUUUGG